UCUAACACCAAGUUCGACAACUACCGCCUACCGGGUAUUUUCAUUCGACAAAUCCAGUUGCAUAUUGUAGUUGUAUCGAACCCAGGAAAAACAUGAAUAAAAUCCAGAAAACCGCCGUACUAUAUCACUACCCUUGCCCUGAUGGCGCCUUUGCUGCUUUAGCCGCUAAUCUUUACUUUUCUCACUGCUCAACCACCGCCGCCGCUCUCUUCUUCCCGAACACCGUAUAUUCGCCUCUCAGGGUUGAGGAUUUACCUCUAAAUGAAAUCAACCGUGUUUACCUUCUUGAUUUUGUGGGUCCUCCUGGUUUCAUUAAAAAGCUCUCUUCCAAAGUCGAACAGAUUGUGGUCUUAGACCAUCACAAAACUGCACUUGAGAUGCUAGGUUCAGGGGCUUCAGUUAGUGGAAACGUGAUUAAUGUGAUAGAUAUGAAGAGGAGUGGGGCUACUAUUGCUUAUGAUUAUUUCAAGGAAAAGCUCUUACAUGGGGACAUUAAUAGUGGCAAAGAUGGUAAUCAAGAAGGUGUUCAGGUAUUUGAUAGAGUAAGGAGACUUUUUGAAUACAUUGAAGAUAGCGACUUGUGGAGGUGGCAUCUUCCUAAUAGUAAAGCAUUUAGCAGCGGUUUGAAGGAUUUGAACCUUGAAUUUAAUGCCAGAUUGAACCCCUCCUUGUUUCAACAGUUGUUAUCGUUGGACCUUGAAUCUCUCAUACGCCAAGGUAUGGAGAGCUUAUCAUACAAACAGAGGCUCAUUGAUGAGGUUCUUGAGCAGUCAUAUGAAAUUGCACUUGGUGGUGGAGCAUAUGGACGUUGUCUGGCCGUCGAUGCAGAUUCCAUUUCUGAGUUAAGGAGUGAGCUUGGAAAUCAGUUAGCAAAUAAAAGCCAUAAAAGGAACUUGAGGGGAAUUGGAGCUGUUGUAUAUAGAGUACCCGAGCUUGAAAAUGAUGAUCUGCUGAAGAUAAGCCUAAGAAGCAUUGAUAAUGAGGAUACGACCCCGAUUUCACAGGAAUACGGAGGUGGGGGGCAUCGAGAUGCUAGUUCAUUCAUGUUAAAAAGUGAAGAGUUUCAGACAUGGAAAUCUUAGGUUGAUACCUCGACCUAGGCGUGUAGCCCCUUCUAUUCUAAUUUGUUUAGUACCAUUACUUCCUAUGUGAGGGGUCCCCUUCUAUAUUCUUAAUUAUGUUUCCACUCAUGGAUAACACUGGUUGACGUUGUACAUAAUUUUUUGCACAUUAAGGUAUUCAUACACUCAUAUAUUCGAGCGGGCCCCAUCCCAUGUGCGUAGGGAACAUCUUGAUAGACAAAAAAUAUGUACACCUCAGAGCCAAGUACCUUGUGUGCAGAAACAAAAACAUAUGCACAUGUUCUUUAAACCUUAGACAAUGUGAAGGGAUCUUUUCAAUUGAGAACAAAGUUCUUUUUUUGUAAUAACUGCAAUAAUUUAUUAAUUACUCAAUUCAUUUUUAAGCA